AGUUGCCUUCAUGUGGCGGCGGCUAGGUUAGGGAGUACGAAUCUGCUGUUUCGCACCUUCUCCCAGUAUCUAGUUGUGCAUGCUUUAGUAUUUAUAAGGCUGAGUAUAUGUGCGUAUAGUAUAUAUGCGUUUCUGUCCGUAUCGGGUUUGUUUAGAGAGUAAGGUGAUCUCGCCCAAGGAGUCACGGCAUAAACGCUGGCUUCUUGGCCUAUAAAUAGCUGGGCAGUCCGUCUUCCAUGGCACAACAGCUUCUGCUUCCCCGGAAGAAAGAAAGAAGCUCUCCUCUCUCCAUCGAUACAACAAGAUCGAGAUGAUGCCUGCAAUGGGAAAGGAUAUACACUUCGGAUCAUCAAUUGGUGGCGCUGGUGGCACGAACACUGCUAAUGGUGGUAAUGGUGGCAAUAUUGGUGCUCCUGCCUCGCGGGCCGACUCUUGCGCCAAGCCGCAGCAGGAGCUACCAUCUCUGACACAUCAGUAUGCGGAACAAUACGUGUAUGCAUACCCAGCACCACCGGCAUACGGCGGCCCUCCAAAGCCCCCGCCGGCGUAUCGCUAUGGCUAUGGGUAUGGUGGAGGUGGUUCUGGUGGGUACAGCUACGGCUACGGCUACCCCGAGCCCGAUGGUAUUUGGGAUGAACCUGCUGGGGCAUACGGCGGCGGCAGAUACCACCCACCACAGCCGCCGUAUUAUCAUGGCGGCGGUCGUGGUGGGUACCCUUCUCCUCAGUUUGGUCGUGGAGCUGGUGCUGGUAGCUAUAGCUACUACGGCGGUGGCGGUGGCGGUGGGGGCGGAUAUCCUCCCAGUUCAUUUCCGACUGCAGGGGGAGGAGGAGGCGGCGGCGGUCAUGGGGUCAGCAACGCCUACGGAGGGCCGCCGCAGCAGAAGCCGUACGUGAGCGCGGGGUGGCUAGCCGCCGGAGCUGCUACCGCCUAUGGAGCGUACCAGCACCACAUGCGCAAACAUCACGGAGGAGGAGGACAUGGGUACAGGCAUGGGCACGGAGGAUACGACGACGGUUGUACUUGUGGCGGCGAUGGUUACGGUUAUGGCUGCCGUGGCUGUGCCCCCCAUAUGCAUAUGCAUGGCGAGUUCGAGCACGAAGAGCACACCAAUAUCAAGUACUCUGCUCAUCAUGACGGCAAGUGCAAUGACGCCGUGAAAAAAAAGUGCAAUGACGCCGCCAGCAGCCCGCCCGUUACAGUAUUGGAUAAAUGAGCCAGCCAGCCAAUCAGCGAGGUUCAACAUGAACGGACUCCAAGCUCAUCACUGUACGGUAUGUACACUCCUCGAUGAGCCUUGAUCAUCAGAUCAGAUGGAUUCCUUAUAUUGAAUAACUCAUCCGUCCUGUACGUCCUAAACAUUACAGAUAUAC